AUGCGGGGCCCGCGGGCGGCCCUGGCGCUGCUGCUGGCGGCGGCGAUCGCCCCGCGGCCGGCGCGGCCGCACCCGCAGUGCCUGGACUUCAAGCCGCCGUUCCGGCCGCCGCGGGGCCUCGCCUUCUGCCGCCGCUACUCCGACUUCGGCUGCUGCGACCCGCGCCGCGACCGCGCCCUGCUCCAGCGCUUCUACCACCUCAGCGCCAGCCUGGACGAGCGCACCUACGCCGCCUGCGCCGGGCACCUGCAGGACCUGCUCUGCCAGGAAUGCUCUCCAUAUGCAGCUCACUUGUAUGAUGCUGAAGAUCCCUCCACCCCCGUGAGGACGAUACCAGGACUAUGCCAAGACUAUUGCAUGCAAGUGUGGCAGAACUGCCGCUCCAUUUUCCGCUCUCUCUCUGCAGACCCAGAGUUAAUUGCACUGGAAAACAACAUGGCAAAGUUCUGCCGCUACCUGUCCCUGGAGGACACCGACUACUGCUUCCCACACCUGCUGGCUAACCAGAACCUUAACCAGAACCUGGGGCUGGUCACUGCUGAUGCAGAGGGCUGUCUGCAGCUCUGCCUCGUGGAGGUGGCCAAUGGGCUGCGCAAUCCCGUGGCCAUGGUGCACGCCAACGAUGGCACCCACAGGUUCUUCAUCGCUGAGCAGGUCGGCCUCGUGUGGACCUACCUCCCCGAUGGAUCCAGGCUCCAAAAGCCAUUUCUGAACAUCAGCGAAGCUGUGCUUACCUCACCUUGGGAAGGAGAUGAGAGAGGGUUUCUGUGUAUUGUCUUCCAUCCUAAAUUCAAAUUUAAUGGUAAAGUGUACGUCUACUAUUCAGUUGAAGUUCGUUAUGAAGAGAGGAUCCGUAUCAGUGAGUUCAGAAUUUCUCCUGCUGACAUGAAUGCCUUGGACCAUGGUUCUGAAAGGAUAAUUCUUGAAAUAGAAGAACCUGCUUCCAACCACAAUGGAGGAGAGCUGCUCUUUGGAGAUGAUGGGUAUCUCUAUAUCUUCACUGGAGACGGAGGCAUGGCUGGGGAUCCUUUUGGCACGUUUGGAAAUGCCCAGAACAAGUCAGCCCUGCUGGGCAAAGUGCUGCGGAUCGACGUGAACAACAACGACAGGGGGCCCCUGUACCGAAUCCCUCCUGACAACCCCUUUGUGAGCGACCCCACGGCUCGCCCCGAGGUCUACGCCUACGGAGUGAGGAACAUGUGGCGCUGCUCCUUCGACAGGGGGGACCCCCGCACCAAGGAAGGCAAGGGGCGGCUCUUCUGUGGAGAUGUGGGGCAGAAUAAAUACGAAGAAGUCGACAUCGUCGAGAAAGGGAAAAAUUACGGCUGGAGGGCGAGGGAAGGGUUCAGCUGUUACGAUAAAAAACUUUGCACCAAUUCUUCCUUGGACGAUGUGCUUCCGAUUUACGCUUACCCACACAAAAUGGGGAAAUCUGUUACAGGAGGCUACGUCUAUCGAGGUUGUGAGUCUCCAAACCUGAAUGGCCUGUACAUAUUUGGUGAUUUUAUGAGUGGACGCCUGAUGUCUUUGAAGGAGGAUCAUGCUACUGGACAGUGGCAGUACAGUGAAAUCUGCAUGGGGACAGGACAAACGUGCAUGUUCCCCGGGCUUAUCAAUAACUAUUAUCAAUACAUCAUCUCCUUUGCUGAAGAUGAAGCAGGGGAAUUGUACUUCCUUUCUACUGGUGUACCAAGUGCCACAGCUCCCCAUGGAGUGGUGUACAAAGUGGUAGACACCUCCAGGACAGCACCACCAGGAAAAUGCCAAGUUGAGCCAUCACCGGUGAAAGUCAAAAGCAAGCGCAUCCCCUUUGUGCCAAAGGAGAAGUUUAUUAUGAAAGAACCAACAGCACAUCCGCGGCUGAAGAGCACGACCCCGAGGGGAGGCGACCCCGAGCCCCAAACCCCGCGCCCGCCGGCAGUGGAUGGGGCGGGCAGAGCCCCGGGGGACCGGAGCAGGACGGCCAGCACGGCAGGGCCCGGCGGCAGAGCCCCAGGGCCGGGCAGGGGGGCAGAGGAGAGCGGGCAGCGCAGGAGGAAGAAGCCGCCCAGCGAUGGGGCGGUGCGGCUGAUGCGGCGGGGCCGGCGCGGCCGCGCCCGCGGCAGGGUGGAGGUGUUCAUCCACGGCCAGUGGGGCACGGUGUGCGACGAUGGCUGGGGCUUGCCUGCCGCCGCCGUGGUGUGCCGCCAGCUCGGCUUCCCCUACGCCGUGCGGGCCGCCAAGAAGGCAGAGUUUGGGCAAGGGACCUCCCUCCGCAUUCUCCUGGAUGAUGUGCAGUGCUCCGGGCAGGAGAGGACGCUGCUGGAGUGCUCCCAUGCCGAUAUCGGCACGCACAACUGCUCGCACGAGGAGGAUGCUGGCGUGGUGUGCAGCCGGGAGGAGGUGACACACGGGUGACUGGAGAGCUGGGAGAGGCAGCCGAGGGACUUGGAGCACAUCCCUUUCUUGCCCAGCCCUCUAAACCAGCUGCAGUAUUGAGGAGGGUGUGCCUUGCCUUGAGGAUGCUGCAUCUGUUCAGAGUAAUCUUAU